AUGGAACUUUGGGUGCCCCAGAGGCCACCCCAGCCCCGGGGAAAGCCCUCAGCUCCGUCAAAGGAUCCAAACCGAGGACCUUGGAGAGAUGGCCAUCAUCGGCCUGUUCCUCUCUCUCGGCACAGUGGAGAGAGGUUUCCUCGGUGGGAAGAAGGAGUCCCCAGUGGGAGCCCCCAGCCACAGCAGGACUCCAGGGUGGACCAACAGCAGCCCCAUUAUGCAACCAGGCCUGGGGAAUGGCAUCAGCCUGUGUCCGGGUUCAACUAUUACGAAAGUGGCUAUCUAAGUCAGUUGUAUUCAAGGCCAGGCUAUGAGCACCCGUAUCAGAGCUCCUCUCCAGCAUGGAGGGAGGAAUAUGCUUAUGGAAGUCAUCACUAUCAUGGUCACCCACAGUGGCUGCAGGAGGAAAGAGUGCCGAGGCAAGGGAGUCCUUAUAUCUGGCAUGAAGAUUACCGAGAUCAAAAGUACUUCCAUGAGCAUCAUCAUGAAAACCAGAAUAGUCCAUUUGGAACAAACAGUGAGAGUCAGUUCCAAUCCAGCAGUUGGCACCUUUAUAAAGACAACCCUGCUUCCAACUCUGGACAGGAGAGGCCUGAGGAGACGUUCUCAGAGAGUCUGCCUACUGGGGCCCACAAUAAUAAGCCAUCGCUGACCAGUGAGUCCAACCUCCUCCGACAGCACGAGUCCGGCCUCAGCUCCAGCGGUUACGAGCUCAGCCAGUACAUGGCGAAUGUCCCUGAGCAAUAUGAUCCCGUGGCUUCAGUGGCUUGGAGUCCACUUCAGGCUGAGGAUGUCUCCACAGCUGGUUCCAAAGCACUUGUGAAGUUCUACAACCCUCACGUACCUGUGAGUUUUGGGCCAGGAGGUCAGCUGGUGUGUGUGGUGCCCAGUUCCCCCAUGGAUGGGCAGACAGCUCUUGUGGAACUGCACAGCAUGGAGGUUUUUCUUAAUGAUUCUGAAGAACAGGAAGAGAUGAGAAGUUUCUCAGGACCCCUGAUUAGGGAGGAUGUGCACAAGAUGGAUAUCAUGACGUUUUGCCAGCAGAAAGCAGCUCAGAGCCGCAAGUCUGAGUCACCAAGGAGCAGAGACUUGGCUCUGCUGUGGCAACUGUUGGUUCUCCUUUGUCGCCAGAAUGGGUCCAUGGUGGGGUCUGACAUCGCCGAGCUGCUGAUGCAAGACUGCAGGAAGCUGGAGAAGUACAAGAGGCAGCCCCCAGUGGCCAACCUCAUCAACCUGACGGAUGAGGACUGGCCUGUGCUGAGCUCCGGGACCCCCAACCUGCUCACUGGGGAGAUCCCCCCCAGCGUGGAGACGCCUGCACAGAUUGUGGAGAAAUUCACUAAACUGCUCUACUAUGGAAGGAAGAAGGAAGCCUUGGAAUGGGCCAUGAAGAACCACUUGUGGGGUCAUGCUUUGUUUCUCUCCAGCAAGAUGGACCCGAGGACCUACAACUGGGUCAUGAGUGGCUUCACCAGCACGCUGGCGCUCAAUGACCCCCUGCAGACCCUCUUCCAGCUCAUGUCCGGGAGGAUUCCACAGGCAGCCACGUGUUGUGGAGACAAGCAGUGGGGAGACUGGAGGCCUCACUUGGCUGUGAUCCUGUCCAAUCAGGCUGGGGACCCGGAGCUGCAUCAGCGUGCAAUUGUCACCAUGGGGGACACUCUGGCUGGGAAGGGGCUGGUGGAGGCAGCCCACUUCUGCUACCUCAUGGCCCAUGUGCCCUUCGGCCACUACACUGUGAAGACGGACCGUCUGGCCUUGCUGGGCAGUGGCCACAGUCAAGAGUUUUUGAAAUUCGCAACGACUGAGGCCAUCCAGCGGACGGAAAUCUUCGAGUACUGUCAGAUGCUGGGCCGCCCCAAAUCCUUCAUCCCUUCUUUCCAGGUAUAUAAGCUUCUUUAUGCAUCCCGUCUGGCAGAUUGUGGCCUCGUGUCCCAGGCCCUGCAUUACUGCGAAGCUAUUGGUGCGGCUGUCCUGAACGAGGGAGAGAGUGGCCACUCUGUGCUGUUGGGGGAGCUCAUCAAGCUAGCCGAGAAACUGAAGAUGUCAGAUCCUCUGGUUUUAGAAAGGCAGCGUGGGGACAGGGAUCUGGAGCCGGACUGGCUGGUGCAACUUCGGGCGCAGCACAGGAGACUGGAGCAGAAGGUAGCAGGAGAUGUUGGGGACCCCCGUUCUGCUCACUCGGAUAUUUCGGGAGCCAGAGGAACGACCACAGAAAACACCCUCUACCAGGAUCUUGUUGAAUGUCAAGGCUACUCAGAGGUCCCCAGGCCCAGCUCAGCCCUGUGGCCCAUGCUGGAGCAGUCCCACCCAGCCCAGCCAAGCCCACAGCGGCCCUUUCUUCUCCAGUCGGGCUCCUAUCCAGUCGGUGAGGAUGAAGGGCAGACAGGGGCAUCAGUGCCUCUGUACUCAGUUCCUGAAACCCAUCUUCUGGGGACUGGCGACCAUGUGACGGUGACAGGGGUCCCUGGAGGACCGGUCUGGGAGGAAACACCCCAGAUACACGCUGGCCCUGGAGAGAGCACAGUGUCUCAAGAAACUUUCCAGUCUCCUGAUGGUCAGAAGGUCAUUUCCAGCCCACAGGCACCACUGGUUUCCAGAGCACGAAGUAUUUCCGAGAGUUCCGCCAAUUCAGUCAAGGAGGGUGAGGAGGAGUCCUCCGAUGAGACUGAUAGAAAAUCUUCCCAAAAUACUGCCCAGGGAGAAAAGCCAGGAGAUGGGAAGGAGCAUACAAAGAGCUCAGGACUUGGCUGGUUCAGCUGGUUUCGAUCAAAGCCUUCCACCAACGUGUCUCCCUCAGGAGAUGAAGACUCAUCUGACAGUCCUGACUCCGAGGAGACCCCCAGAGUGUCUUCUCUCCACCAGGCUAGCCUGGAUCUUUCAUCGACAUCUUCCCCCGAGUUACCACCUCUGUUGGGUGCUAGUGCCUUCUCUGGGGUCUCAGGUAGGGGUGAAGGCCAAGGAUCCGUGUCCAGUCAGGGGACACCCUUGGGCACUGGGAUUGGAGGCUUGUCUGGGCCUGAGGGUGUCUCCUUUGAGCUCCACUCCAGCCCUGGUGGUCUGCUUCCUCCACCUCCCUUGAAAGGGUCUGUUCCUCUUUACAACCCAUCUCAGGUCCCUCAGCUGCCCAUGACCACCAAUCUGAAUCGGCCAAAUCGCCUGGCCCAGCGCCGCUAUCCGACCCAGCCGUGCUGA